UUCUGCAUAUUCUUGCAAAGAACCCUAAGUUGUCGGAGUUCCUCCAGAAUGGCUGCCUUAUCUUCACGGAGUUGCCUAAUCUCCUGUAAUGUCAUAGGCAGCUUGUCAUUGCUUGGUAAACUGUGUGUCUGCCUCUAGUGUAGCCUGGAGAUACAGCCAGUUUUGAUCUGUUCUCCUCCAAAUUCAAGCUCUCGUUGGUCUCCUGAACUCAUUAGACUCUGAGGGAGAUGGUGAACUACCAGUGGCCAUUUGACAUCGUGCAACCUUUCACUCAGCACUGACCAUUCAGCAGAGUCACUCAGCACUGACCAUUCAGCAGUGGUCACUUAGCAGUGGCCUUUCAGCAUGCAUUCUGCAUCACGCAACCUACUGAACAGCAGCUAACAUAAGAUAGCAAGAAUCACCUUAUAUACGAUCAGUUCUAUACCCAGUAAAGUUGAGUGUUCUGAAUCCUGUACCAUGCUUUGACUGACAUGCUGGGGCAAGUACAACCCCCUGAUCAGCACAUACCAGAUAGUGAAAAUCCUAACAUUUGGUCAUUCCAACCGGAUAGGAAACCUUCCUAACAAUUGGUCUUGAUUGUCCAUUGUUACUGUGUAUGUAAGGGAGUGUCAUUGCAUGACUACAGCACAGUGCUGUGCAUAAAAGCAGAGCGACCCAGGCGGGAGAAUCAUUUCUUCUUCACAUUUUUUGAGAACGCACAUCAGGAUGGCCUCCGUAUCACUGCCACGCAGGAAGAACCUCUCCGCACAACAGGCUUUGGCCUGGCUUCAGGAAAUGGACGAAGCAGACUCUGAUGGAGGAGAGAUUUCAUUUGUCCAGCAGGCCACUGAUACCUCCUCAGAAGAAUCCAAAAAGGAGACGGAACAAGAACCCAACAUGCCUCCACGGAAGAUGCACCAUGGUACUGGAAAGCCCUGUCUGAGUCAGACGGCAAAAGACGGCACUGUGUGGGUAGAGGGAGGACAUUGGAAUGCCCAGUGCAGUAGCAAAUCAAUCGUGCUUUACUGCGCAAGCUGGACCCACAGAAUCUGCUAAGGUUUGUUAUUGCCAUAGUACAUAUGAUAUUUAUAUAAGCCCAUUUAGAGUGAGGUUCAUUUAAAUUUUCCAUUCUCUAUUUGUUUAUCUUCAGAAGCUUUCUUUGCCUGUUAGUUAGGAAUGCUGCAGACCAUCAGGGAGUGCACGGUCCAUCAAGCCCGCAGAACAGAGCCGGACUGGUAUUUGGCAAUUCAUGAACUGAUGGCAUUCAUUUCAAUUCUGUUUGUAAAAGCAAUCAUGUGUCCCGUUGGUGCCAUUGUGGAUUGCUGGUCAGAAAGCUUUCUGGUGCCAGUAAUCAAAGAGACAAUGCCCCGAGAUAGAUUAAUUUCAAUUAUGCAACACCUUCGAUUUGAUGACAAGGACAUGCAGGCAGAACGGGUGAAAAACAAAUUUGCUGCAAUCUCCGACAUCUGGUCACGCUUCAACAAGGACUGUGCUGAGAGUUUUAAUCCAGGAGAACACAUGACCAUAUAUGAACAGCUGUUCCCUACCAAGGUUUGUUGUCCAUUCACAUAGUAUAUCGCAACCAAGCCAGACAAAUUUGGGAUCAAGUUCUGGAUGGCCACGGAUUUGGAGACCAAAUAUGUCUGCAAUGCAUCUCCUUACUUGGGAAAGGACCUCAGUCGACAGAAGGGAGAGAGGCUGGCAGAGAACGUGGUCAUAAAUCUGAUGGAGCCAUUUUUGGAUGAUGGAAGAAAUGUCAUGACGGACAGUUUCUUUACUUCACUGUCACUGUCGCACAGACUGCUGCAGCGCAAAACAGCACUAAUGGGCACGGUGAAUAAAGACCGUCGUGAACUUCCUCAACUUGCAAAAGACACUGCACGGCCAGAGGUAUUCUUCACUUCAGUGCUUAGAAGUGGCAGUGUCUCCUUGACAAUUUAUGCACCUAAAAAAAACAAGGCUGUGUGUGUUCCAAGUUCCAUGCACCAAGACGUGAAGAUCGGUGACGGCAGAAAGAGGAAACCCAACACGAUAACAUACUAUAACCACAUGAAGUGUGGUGUAGAUGUGUUGGACCAAAUGGCGUGGAUGUAUUCCGUAAAAGCAGCAACACGCAGGUGGCCAGUAGCGUUUUUUAAAAAUAUGCUGGACCUAGCGGCGGUGAAUGCCUACAUUUUGCACAAGGCAUGUACAGGGUGGACAGGCAAAAGAAGAUUGUUUGAGUCUUCUAGCUAGGGGACUUCGUUGCCGAUUUAUGAAGCACAAAGGUUUGGCCUCUGAGCUAUUCUGAGUAAACAAAUGCAAAUGUGCCAGGCCUCACAGAUAAUGGGUGUGUUUGCACAACAAAAGCAGGAGAACAAUGGAGCUGAAGCCUGUGAAAAUCUCAGCAGGGGUGCUACUAGGUGUUAGGUCCAGGGAAUUUACGCAAAUUUGCGUAGGUUUAGUAAACCUAGUUUAAUAGUUAAAGUCAUUAGGAACACACUUAAAUACAGAAAUAUCGGUUUGGAACAUAAAUAUUGCUUUUUUUCUCCCACUGAAGUGCCCUUCUUAGGCAUCA